AUGGUACUCAUUCAUUCGUUGAUUUGCUUCCUGUCCCUCGCUAUUACUCAGGUAUACGCAGCUCCUUGGAUCGUGACCGAUGUCUACGAACAAGAGCUCUAUACUCGAGUCUACGCCUCUGAUGUGAAAACUUACGUCAAUAAAAUCAGUCCUACGGCAACACUCCCCGAGGAGGCCUUGUCCACUAUCAUUUCCACAGACGCCAUUGACAGCUAUACGAUCGUUGAGAAACUAUACCCUACCGGCUAUGGGGUCCAGCGCUACGAUUAUGGCGAUAGCUAUUACACCCUCGACCAGGAGGGUAACUACCACACUACCAUCUACAAGGUCAAUGUGACCUACUCGGCCCCGACUGGCUGCUCCACUCAGUGGACAACCACCUCUGCUGUUGCCGUCACCCCUCCAGCCCAGAUUGGCAACCUCCUCCCGAGGGAAACCGUCGCAACCUCCACCUCCGUCGACAACUCACAGCCCUUCCAACCAACCACGUACAUCUACGAAGUCGUCUACGUCGAUCCAACCCAAGUCCCGAGUGCGGACCUCAGCUCCGCAAGCUACUGGAACAAGCCCACAGCCAGCUAUAAUGGCGCUGGAUGCCAGUACACUGGGAGUGAUGGAACCUCCAGCGGCUAUUAUGGCGGCUACUAUAACUACGGAUAUUACGACGACGGCGACUGGUUCACCAGCAAAUGGGGAAUGGGUAUCGGGAUCUCGGGCCUCGCCCUAAUCCUGAUCUGCAUCCUCGGCUGGGCAGGUCUGUUCUUCUUCCUGGGUAUGAUCGAGGCCUGGGUCCGAUUCCGCCGCCUCAUGACCGGCUGGCAAACCCGUCGCGGGUUCCCUCUCUUCUGGGCUUUCUCCUGCUUCCCCAUUUCGCUCUUCUUCCUGUUCUGUUUCAGAAAGGGUUUCCGUGCGCGCAGUCGCGAAGAUGCAGAGAUCCUCAAGAAGAGAUGGGAUGAGAUGGGCUUCGGCACCAAGUUGCGUCUUUACUUUGUCUGGGGAUUCCGUUUCAAGUAUCCCACCGUGUUAGGGCCUGCACCUGCCAGGGUUGGGGGUAGUAAGAGGCCCCACGAGUCGGGUCCUCGCUUGCUGGAGACACCCCCGGCUACUGCGGCUCCUUCGAGGGAUGGGUCGGAGAGGGCUCCUGAGAUGACGCAGCCGGUGCAGACUUCCGGAGGGUUGACGGAGAAUAGGGAUGCAGAGAUUGGGCAGGCUCGUUGA